GUGCACUGCAGCAGGCAAAGAACAGUUCCUUCAUUUUUGUGCACAUGUAACCGACUUGACCUCCGGCUGGGGUAGAAUUAACGCUCUCGGUUUCUCUUGCUCGCUUAUUCGUUGUCAGUAGUGUCAGUGUAGAUCGAGCGGUUGAUCGUUUUACAAGCAUCAGGUGAGUUCUCAUUGCUGUGAUCAGGUAGUAAGGCUGAUGGCUGCGGUGUCGGCGGUGUCUCCUGUCUCUGGGCCUGUGGAUACUCGGCCACCUGAAGACGACAUCGAAGGAGACGACGAUGAUGACCUAGAUGAAACCAUGAUGGAGAGGCUAUGGGGAUUAACAGAGAUGUUCCCUGACACGCUGCGCUCAGCAGCAGAAGUAUCAGCACAGUGCUCGCUGUCUCUUGCGAAAAAAGUUUACAGCUUUUCCCGCACCGCUCUGUGGAUCGGCACUACAUCAUUUAUGAUCCUGGUUCUUCCCGUAGUGUUUGAAACGGAGAGACUACAGCUGGAACAGCAACAACUACAACAACAGAGACAGAUCCUGUUGGGUCCAAAUGCGGGGAUUUCUGGUGUCAUUCCAGGAAUGGCACCUGUUGCUCCUGGAAAGGUCUGAAGAAAUGUCUCAUACCUCAUCCUUAAGUUGCAGUUCACAGGGGACUUGGAAAAGUGUCCUCACAAUGGAGACAGAGAGGAGACAUGAGCUGGCUUCUUUUAUGAAAUCAGUCAUUCAAUUUCCAGUGUUUUUUGAUUUGCUUUGUUUGUUUUUUCUUUUUUUGUAUUUACAUGUAUAUGUUUGUUUGAACAUGCAUUAGUCAAAAAAAGUGAGGGUUAAAUUGUGAAUGUCUUGCCCAUUCAGAAAGAUUAAAGGAUUUGGGUUGUCUGUC